UGGUGUCUGCGGAUGCAGGACUUGCUGGACAGCAGCCGGAUAGAAAUCUACAAAGAUGGCCUCGGCAACAGCAACCUACGGACAGAAGGAGUCCUCAGACCAGAACUUCGACUACAUGUUUAAGAUCCUCAUCAUUGGCAACAGCAGUGUGGGCAAAACCUCCUUCUUGUUCCGUUACGCCGAUGACUCCUUCACACCCGCCUUCGUCAGUACGGUGGGCAUCGACUUCAAGGUGAAGACCAUUUACAGGAACGAUAAAAGGAUCAAGCUGCAGAUCUGGGACACGGCGGGUCAGGAGCGUUAUCGCACAAUCACUACAGCGUACUACCGAGGAGCCAUGGGCUUCAUCCUCAUGUACGACAUCACCAACGAGGAUUCCUUCAAUGCCGUCCAGGACUGGUCCACACAGAUUAAGACGUACUCGUGGGACAAUGCCCAGGUGCUGCUAGUCGGGAAUAAGUGUGAUAUGGAGGACGAGCGCACGGUGAGUGGAGAGAGAGGACGGCAGCUUUCUGAACAUUUGGGUUUCGAGUUCUUUGAGGCCAGCGCCAAGGACAACAUCAACGUGAAGCAGACCUUUGAGCGUCUGGUCGACAUUAUAUGUGAAAAGAUGUCCGAGAGCCUGGACGCUGGCGAUCCAGCCGUCACGGGGGCCAAGCAGGGGCCUCAGCUGACAGAGCAGCCUGCUCCACCUCACCAGGACUGUGCAUGUUAAAAGAUGACUGUUCCUCAAAGCUCGCCUCCUUCCUUCUCCCUCAACACCCUCCAAGUGGGUCCAUUCUCCCAUCAUGUUUUUCAUUCACUUUCCAGCUUCCCUUCCGAGAACCAGCCUGUAAACGGGUCUGAAAUUUGCUAAGAUCCGCUCUUGAGGUGUGCUCGUUGUACCUAUUUCAGACUCUUUGCAAGCUCUGGUUCUUCAGGGUUCCCAUCCUGUAUUUUAUUGUUCCUCUGUGUGUAUUUAAAAGAAGGAUUUGAUGGCCAUUUAAGUCCUUCUUAUGUUUACAGUACCUUGUUUUAUAUUUGGUUUGGAUCUGGCGCACGAGGCAUCAGCAGUGGUGUCAUGGGUUGUGCACUUGGCAGUAGGGUCGGACGAUGCUGCAAAUGUUGGUAUUGAUCCGAGACUAAGUAAAUAUGGGGCCAGUCUUGUCCAUCUUGAUACCGAUACUUUUUCUUUUGAUUUUUGCCUUUAAUUUGACGACCAUGAAUAAAACACAGAACAAAGAUUUUAGGUAAGCAAAAAAAUUAUUUUGUGAACAGUUCAUAAUGGCAGUCGUCCCUCAUUUAUCGCGAUAACUACGUUCCAGACCCGACCGCGAUAAAUGAAUUUCCAUGAUACAGGAUUAAGUGUUAACAAAUGGAAUAUUUUCGUAGUUACGGCAUAGAAAACCUGUUUAUGGUUUUCUAAAUACAAUUGUUAACAUUAUUAGAGCCCUUUAGACUUAACUUAACACCCCCAUUACACUCCUAUUAUUCAUUGUUCACACCGGACUGCGCAACUAUUUUACAGGGACUCUGGAGGGCCGCUGGCAAGCAAGCUAGCGAGCUAACCGGUUAGCCUCAAAUGUAUUUCUUCUAAACUUACGAAAGGGUAAGAAGCCACAGGCUUACCACUUCCACACGGAAUGGGAGGAGGACCUUUUUUCACUCUGCACCCAUGGCUGGCGACAUCGAAUGCAAGGUAGGGUAAUCACUUGCAUUUCUAUAUGUUUUGACUAAUAACAGACCAUAGCCUGCCACGAAACAACGAUAAUUAACAAAUUAAUUUCUGAAAAACCGCAAUAGAGUGAUGGACGACUGUAUUAAUAAACAAUGUAACAAUAUCAACAAAAUAAAAGGAUUCCCUUUCAUUACAUACAAUUGAAUAAGCAAAAUAACGCAAAAAAAGCAAAAACUCCUAUUUUCUCUCAUUUAGAUCCUUUGGCUUUUUGCCACAAUAUAAAAAAAUGUAACAGUGUGAACAACACAACAACAAAAUACAGAUAUUUGUGACCACACACAUAGAAGAGAACUGAAAAAUAUCAUAUUCAUCACGCUAGUAUCGACCCGAUAACGAUACCACCAGUGUUUCCUAUACAUUUGUUUGCGGCGGGCCGCCACUACUGGUUGGCCCCUCGCUCAUAAUGGGACUGUCUGCGUAACUCCGCAUGUUAACACACCUCAUACGCACCUGGUCUGCCAGACAGUAAGAAGAUGUAGCACGAGGGAUCAAUGUUGACAACUUGGUGAUAUUGUCGCUAUAUUAUGCUGUACUCUUUAAAAAAAAAAAAAAAAAAAAGUGACUAACAACAAAUGGAGACUAAAACGAAGAGGCUCUCAAAGGGAAGAAGAUUGAACUGGUUUAGAGUGGCAAAGAUAUAGAUGUGUAUGUUCCAGUUAAAGAACACAGUUGGUCUUCUAGUUGGUGUGUUUACUUUAUUAUUAUUUAUUGACUCGCGAGCCACAAUGGGUUAAAACAUUUGGCAGAGGGGCCAUCUUUAUAUAGGUGGCAUGAAACCGAACUAAAUACUUGCUCACGGUGCAACAAAACACAACAACACAUCCACAGCAAGUCAAUGGAUCACAUAAAUCAACAAGUAAGCAGCAAACAUAGCACGUAACCUAAAACUGUUAGUUCCAAAUGCCCGCAAGGCAUGCUGGGUAGUCCAGCUGCAACAACAAUAUGAACUUUUUUUGUAGAAGCUACAGAUUGAAUCUGACUAUUUUGGCCACUCAAGCGUGCCACAACAGCGCCGCAAGUCACGUUGCCGGCUACAGUUUCCAUGUUAAAAGUUUAAAAAAAGGAAUUUAGAAAUGCCCGGUGGGCCGCAGGCCGCAGUUUGCCCGCCCCUGUCAUAGCACAUAGCUGUGGAGUGUUAAAGGACCGCCGAACAAAGAGCGAAGACGUAAUCCGUGACUAAAAACAUUACAAAACAAAGACAUACUGUAAACGUGUAAAAAUUGACUUUCUAACAGAGUCUUGACAUGAAAGCAUGCAUCGCUCUUCUGAACGAGCAGCGGGUGCUGCUGUGGGCCCCUCCUCCAUCAAUAAGCAUUCACAGGCAGCUCCGUCUUGUUUGGGUCAUGACAAAAAAAAAAAAAAAUUGUCUCCCCUGCAUUACAAUGACAUGAAAAUGCGUCAUGGACACGGAUAAGCAAAUUAGACGACGGCGUCAUUACGGCACCCCCAUAAAUAGAUUACAGUUUUAUGGGAAGCACUUGGUAUCAAUAUUUGAAUCAGUACUUGGCAGGAAGGAACCAUCCGGCGUCAUCCUUUGAUAUGAUCAGGUCUGAAUACAUGUCGCACAUUAUUGAUACUGAAGGUAUCAAUUUUAUUCAGCCUUUUUUUUUUUUUUUUUUUUAAUUUCGUAAUUUUUUUUUGUAUUGCUUUUAUUUGCAUCAAGCGCUGGGUGGAAACCACAAGACAAAGCUGAGGCAAAAAUAGCAUUUAAUUUCAUUGAUUUCAGAUGUACCUAUAUAUGAAUAUUGUGCAAUACAUGAUAUAUGCAGGUGUGCAUUUCCGGAAGUAAACUUUGAAGCGGUAUGACGUUCCAUGAGCAUAGUGUUAUACUGUAUAUCUAUGAGGUCUUUGUUGUGAGGUUUGUUUGGACGGUUUGUGUGCAAUUGUUUGGCGACUCCUCGCCUCACGUCCCUGUCGGUUUGGACUCGCGCAGCUUUGCUGAGAUGCUGUGAAAAGACAGAUUCCGCGUUUAAAAACGACACUUCAGAUAGCGAGAAUCCGUCAAUCCGCAGAAGCCCUGCCGCUGUUAAAACUGUUGGAAUGAGCUCAUAUUCAUAGAGGACACUGUUGGGGCUUUUGGUGGAUAAUAAAGCUUCCCAUUUUUGCUGAAAUAUUAUAAUAACACAUUUAACUGUGAUAUUGCUUGUCACAUUUUUUUAAAUGCCUUCUAUAUUCACAGUUUGAGAGUUAAUAUACAGGUUCAUCUCAAAAAAAUUCGAAUGUGGUCCAAAAGCUCUUCGAUUUUGGUCACGUUCCGCAUGACUGGACUUUUGGUUGGGUUAUCGCUAUUUCUGACGUUAUUUCCUGUUCGGUGCUUUUAUUUUGUUAGGUCUGUUUCCUGUUUGGACUGAAUGCAUUACCUUUACUCGGGUUAGACAGAGCUGGGGAGCGCACCUGUUUCUGAGCCCAGUACAUUAGUUUUCCUUGGAGUGUUGCUCCCAUGCUGAAAUUCAUGUUUUUGCAUUUGCUGUACCUCCCAGCCUUAUUUGUUGUUUUGCUACUUUCCCUUUUUGUGUGUCGUGCCGCUCCAUGUGUGCUUUUCUUUUGUUAAAUAGAGACUUAAUCGGACCAACCUGCCAUGUGCAUGUCCUUGCAAACCUUAGCAAAACAUGACAGAAUGAACUAGCUGUACCUCAACUGUGUUAAAUAGCGCCAUAAUUAGUCAUAGGAGGCAGGUGUGCCCCGCUGCUAGCCUUCACUGAAGUCAAGGGGUGGAACUAACUGGAGGUAACAAAAUAAAAGCACAAAACAGGAAAUUCUCAUGAGAACAGGCUCAAAAGAUUGAGGGCAAAGCAUGCAAAAAAAUGUGGUUAAUGUAUUAUUGCUUCCAUCGCUCCAUCCUUUCUAUUUUGGGGCCCUAACAUUGGCGUUGUAAACAUGCCCAUGCGCCAGUGAUGAUUUUUGAUGCUAGUCAUCAAAUCGUGGGGGCUAUUUUUGGAUCCUACGUGGUGGUGACUGUUUCUUUUUCUGAACUGUUAAAAUGAUUCCCCUAGCUAAUGUCUUCCUCUCUAUAUGAAGCGCAUCUGUAAAAACUAAAAAAUGUACCUUUGUGUUGACUGACUCAGGCUUGCAAAAAAAACAACAAAUAGGCAGAGUAAAAAAAUAAAAAAAAAAAUGCUGGUGAAAACAAAAAUAGCCAUGUUCAUUGCCGGGUCUGCUUGUUAAUGAAUGUGUCACUUGGUCACAAAGCAAUACAGCACCUACAAGAACAGAAAUGGGGGUUGCUGACGUUAGCGCUUGUACUAGAAUGCAACAAGGUUGGCUUUUUGUCUCACUGCCUCAUCAAACCCCCUUCAGUUUUGGGCCGAUAAGGUGAAAGAAUACAAGUAUGCUGUGUGUGUUUUUAUCUGUACUUUGUGGUAAAACAAUAAAAGCAUUGCGAACAGACAGAGCACUCUUUUGGUUUAGGAUUUUCUGUGGGUUUACUCCAGGUACUUGUUUCCUCACACAGUCCAAAAACAUUGGACACUCUACAUCGGGGUGUGUCCAAAGCUUUUCUA